UUCCAAAAAUGAAGCCGGAAAGAGAAUCGAUUUCCAACACUGAAGUAUACGCCGUUGGAGAUUGGGAAAAGCUGAAGAUUCUCCUGUGGAAGAAUUGGCUUCUGCAGUGGAACCAAAAAAUUCAAAUUCUGUGCUAUGUGAUUCUUCCAGUGCUGCACCUCCUUCUAAUCGUAGCUAUUCGUCUAAUAGUAAUGCCCGACUCGAAGCCGGAAAUUCGCUACCCACCAGUGUCAAUAUCGGACCUCUCGCUGUACAUGUCGAAGGUUACGGUUGGAAAUAGGAUCCUGCACGAUAAUGGAUCACUCAACAUACCACGUAACUUCCUGUGCUACACCCCAGAUACCGACAUCAACAGAGCUAUAAUGAACGCUGCAGCUUUUCGCCUUCGCCUGCUGGGGACUCGGCCUUACGACACCGCGCUGCACAUGGAACGGGAUAUGGUAAUGCAUAACUUCUUCGCCGGGGUGCAGUUCGAAGAGAAUGCGGGGGCAACUAAUGGCAUUGGAUACCCGCUAAACCUAAACUAUUCGAUCCGUUUUCCCAGUGAGCUGCGAACCAUGCAAGGGCCUAUUAUAGAGACUUGGAGUACUUCGAGGAGUUAUCUGUCCUACGACUCCAGUGGACCGCGGAACAGAGAGGAUCCCGAUGGUGGCGUUCCGAUUGGCUACAUCAGGGAGGGCUUUCUGCCAGUCCAACAUGCCCUAACUAUGUCCUGGCUGUCGCUAGCCUCCGGUAUCAAGGAUAAUGACCUGCCCAACGUACAUCUUCAGCGAUUUCCUUACAGGGCCUACACCCAUGACCCCUUGCUGAGUGGCCUGCGCCAACUGCUGCCCUUCGUGAUCCUGCUCAGCUUCAUUUACCCCUGCUCGGCGGUGACCAAGUACAUAACAGCCGAGAAGGAGCUCCAGCUCAAGGAAAUAAUGAAGUUGAUUGGCGUUCAUAACUGGCUUCAUUGGAUGGCGUGGUUCGUCAAGAGCUAUGCCAUGCUUAUGAUCGUCGUGUUCUUCAUAAUGCUGCUGAUAAUGAUAAGGUUCUACGCCUCCGUGGCUGUGCUGACGUACUCCCACUGGCUUCCGGUUCUGCUGUUCUUGCACACCUAUGUGGUAACCAGUGUGUGCUUCUGCUUCAUGAUUGCCGUGUUCUUCAAAAGAGCCAGCACAGCCUCGGCAGUGGCCGCCAUUGUCUGGUUCCUGACCUAUAUACCAUACUCGUUCGCCUACUAUUACUACAAUCGUCUGAGACUUUGGCACAAACUAUUCAUUUCCCUGGUAUUUUCGAACUCUGCCUUGGGCUUCGGCGUCCAUGUCAUCAUAAUGUGGGAAGGAACUGGAGAGGGUCUCACCUGGAGGAACAUAUUUCACCCCGUCUCAUCGGACGACGAUCUGAGCCUGUUCUACGUCAUCAUUACAAUGACCUUGGGAGCCUUCAUUUUCUUGGCUGCCUGCCUAUAUGUGGAGCAGUUGUUUCCGGGCGACUAUGGUGUACCUCAAAGGUGGAAUUUUAUGUGCCGGAAGCGAUACUGGCGACGCUUUAUGCCCUUCUCCUUCGUGGCAAAUUCCGAAGCCACCACAAGUGGAGUGGCUCAGAAAAAGAGUUGCAGAACCACAAGAGAAGUGGGAGUUCAGUUGUGCAACCUCCAAAAGACAUAUGGCCAGCAUAAGGCAGUGAAGGGCAUUAGCUUGAGGAUGUAUCGGAACGAAAUAACCGUGUUACUGGGCCACAAUGGAGCUGGCAAGACCACCACGAUCAACAUGUUGACGGGCAUCGUGAGGCCCACGUACGGAACAGCGAUAGUGAACGGCUUUGAUAUUCGCGUCCAGAUGGAAAAGGCUCGUGAAUCACUGGGAAUUUGUCCGCAAAAUAACAUACUGUUCCAGAACAUGAGUAUACGCGAUCACAUCAGAUUCUUCAGUAGACUGAAAGGAAUUCGUGGCCCCGAGGCGGUUGAAAGGGAGGUGGCCAAGUAUGUAACCAUGCUGAAUCUGCAGGAUAAAUCUUUUGUGGCGGCCGACAAGCUAUCCGGUGGAAUGCGGCGCAAGUUGUCCCUUUGCUGUGCCCUGUGUGGAAACGCCAGGGUUGUGAUUUGCGAUGAACCAAGCUCGGGAAUCGAUGCAGCAGGACGGCGAAGUCUGUGGGAUCUGUUGCAAACGGAAAAGGCGGGGCGCACUAUUCUGCUUACCACCCACUACAUGGACGAGGCCGACGUCUUGGGCGAUCGCAUAGCAAUCCUGACCGAGGGAAGGCUGCAGUGCCAGGGUACCUCCUUGUACCUAAAGAAGAGAUUCGGCACGGGCUAUCAGCUGGUCUGCAUCAUGCAGACUGGCUGCGAUGUGCCCGCCGUAACGAAGUUGAUUAACAAGUAUGUGCCGCACAUAAGGCCGGAGAGGCAGCUGGGAACUGAGCUGACCUAUCGCCUGCCCACCGAGUACUCCAAGAAGUUUUCAGGAUUACUGCAGGAUUUGGAUGACAAUGGUGCUAGGCUGCACCUACAGGGGUAUGGCUUGAGUGGAGCCUCCCUGGAAGAUGUGUUCAUAACAGUCAAUUCGGAUAAAAGAGUUCGGGGCGGAGAGGAAAAGCCGCCGGCUGAAGGAAGGGGUGGCUUCGAGAACCUGGUGUUUGAUGCCAAAACGCGGGAGGAAAGAGCUAUGUCUCGUUAUUGGAUGUGCUGGCAGGCGCUAUUUACAAAAAAGUUUCAUAUCACCAUCAAGAAUUACUGGAUACUGAUCAUUCAGAUUGGUCUGCCCAUUAUAGUCAUGACCCUGACCAUAUACAACUCAAGGGGCGGUAGGAUUUACUAUGAGCUGCCCCCCCUGCCCAUAUCCAUUUUUCAGUACAAACAAGCCUAUGUUGUGCUGGAAGACAAAGACAAGACCAUGGCCAUAGGGGAGGCCUAUUCGAAGCACCUAGAGCAUUAUGGCAAUAGAUGUACGUUGCUUAAUACUGGUGACUCAUUGUUCGAGGAGUACAUACUGAGUCGUGCCGCAAGUCUAAGACGGAGAAUUGACUUCGAUUACUUGGCAGCUGUUAGCAUUAGUAAGGAGAACAUUACUGUGUGGCUGAACAACAAGCCCCUGCACACCGCUCCUUUGACCCUGAAUGUGUUGCACAACGCCUUGGCCAUCAAAUUUCUUGGCAAGGAUGCCUCCACAUUCGUGACAAAUGAGCCCUUGCCCUAUAGCGAUGAUACCAAGACCUUGCGCCUGAAUAAGGGACAACGCUUGGGCUCCGAAAUAUCCGUCAAUCUGUCCCUAACCAUGGGCUUCAUUACGGCCUUCUUUGCGAUCCCCAUCAUAAAAGAGCGGGAGACGCGUGCCAAGCUGAUGCAAUUCCUAAUUGGAGUGGAUGUCUUUGCCUACUGGGCAAGUCACCUCAUAUGGGACUUCUUCAUAUUUAUCUUCGCAGCCCUGUCGUCAAUAUUCACGAUUGCCGCUUUCCAGGAGAUCGGUUAUUCCACACCUCUGGACCUGAGUCGCUACUUCUCUUUGCUGCUAAUAUUCGGACUGGCUGCCAUUCCCAUGAGUUACGUCAUGGCAGGAUGCUUCACCGAUCCUGCCACGGGACUCACCCGCAUUUCCAUAGUCAACACCCUGUCCGGGUGCGGCCUGUUCCUGCUGAUCGUGACCCUUAACUUCGAGUCCUUCCAGCUGAAGCAUGUGGCCGACGAACUGGCGUGGUACUUUCGCAUAUUUCCGCACUUCAGCUUGGCCAGUUCCACCCACAACGUCCACAUAGGGUUCAACAUUCGCCGGGGCUGCAGCAUGCAGGGCAUCAAGAGCCUAACCCAAUCAAUGCGCUGCCGCUCUAUCCCCGUGUGCUGCGAUAUUCCGGAUUACUUUGGGUGGCGCUUUCCCGGUUGCCUACCAGAGAUCGUAUACCUGUUGGCGGUGGGCCUCAUCCUUUUUCUGAUACCAGUUCUGCACGACGCCAGGGUGUACGACUCCAUCAGCGAUCAAAUUGGAAAGUUGUUUACCAAGCGAAAGCGUUCUAAGGGCGGCUCCUUUGGGGAGAAUGCGGACGUAACCGCUGAACGAUUGGCUGUGCAAAAAAUGGUAAGUGCUCGUCGAAAGGAUAUUCCCCUGAUGGUCAACAACAUCACCAAGCGCUAUAAGAGGAAGCUGGCCGUUAAGGGUAUAUCCUUCCAUGUUCCCCGUGCCGAGUGCUUUGGUCUGCUGGGAAUCAAUGGGGCUGGCAAGACCUCAACCUUUAAGAUGCUGGCUGGGGAUGAGAAAAUAACCUCCGGAGAAGCCUACUUGGAUGGUCUGGACAUAUCCACUCACAAGGUAUAUGGCAAAGUCGGCUACUGCCCACAGUUCGACGCCUUGUUCGAGGAUCUGACUGGUCGGCAAACGUUGAAUAUAUACUGCCUACUGAAGGGAGUGCAGCGUCGGCACAUAAAAGCUAUAACAUGGGCACUGGCAGUAUCUUUUGGAUUUGCCCAGCACCUGGACAAGCAGACGAAGCACUACAGCGGUGGUAAUAAGCGCAAACUAAGCACUGCCAUAUCGGUGCUCGGAAAUCCCUCGGUUAUUUACCUAGAUGAACCCACCAGCGGCAUGGAUCCCGGCGCAAGACGACAACUUUGGCAGAUUAUAGGUCACAUUCGUACCCCCGGUAAGUCGAUUGUCCUGACCUCUCACAGCAUGGAUGAGUGCGAGGCCCUGUGCACCCGACUGGCCAUCAUGGUGGACGGUGCAUUCAAGUGCAUAGGAUCCGUGCAAUACCUAAAGAACGAGUACUCAAAGGGCCUCGUUCUAAAAAUAAAAGUCAAGAACAGGAAGAAAACGUUUCAAAGAAUAGUAGAGAACUCCUCUUCCACAAGCCAAAAUACAGAGGUGGCUGACAAUGAACCAAAAAUAACUGGAGUGGGUUCCAUUGUAGACCAAAAUUUGUCAGAUCGAAUUUUAAAGGUUCGCAGAUUUAUAGUGAAAGAGAUACCUGAUGCAGAACUCAAGGAGGAGUACAAUGGUCUAGUAACCUUCUACAUACCACAGACAAAAAUGUUGGCUAAGAUAUUCCAGCUCCUUGAAAGUAACUCGCAUAAACUGAAUAUUGAAGGCUACUUGAUUAUGCAGACACGGUUGGAGGAAAUAUUCCUAGACUUUGCUUUAAAGCGUGACAUUUCUUUUAUAGUCAAAAAAAGAAAGUGGUGGUGUUGCUGAUUUAAUGCUGUUGGUGUUUCUGUUUAGUUAAUUUAUUUAAACAUUUAAAUAAAAUGUUUUCAUUAUUUUUUAUA